GUGCUGUGUGCUGAGGCUGGACCAUGCAUCUGCUCGUACUGAUCUCCGGGUGCCUGCUGGGCUGCACAGGGGUAUGGGGGCAACAUGAACAUCAUGUGAACAAAGAAGAAAAGAAAGUCAUGCUGGGUGAAAAAGUGGUUCUCCCAUGUAAAGUGUUGAAGCCUGAUGAAUCUGCCACUGUACAUUGGUUUUCCGUAUCUUCUGAAAACAGUGCAGAAAAUGUACAAAAAAUUUUGACUGCUGGACCAAAUGGAAUCAUAGAAGAACCUGGACUGAAAAGCCAUUUUAGUGUAAAAAACAAUUCCAAAUUGGUGAUUGACAACAUACUAGUUGAAGAUAACAAGCAGUUCCUAUGCCGUGUGGAGUUCAAGAACGGUGUAACAAAAGAAAGCAGAGUACAGCUGAGCGUCUACAAGGCUCCAUCAGAACCAGAACUAAAAAUGGAGCAGAAUGGAUUAUCGGUGACAGAAGACGCAGUACAGAUCGCUACCUGUGAAAGUAGGAAUGGUUUCCCAAUGCCUGCUAUCAAAUGGUAUAAGGAUAACAGACCUCUGAAACAAGGAAAAGGCGCUGUUGAUAUCAAAACUCAUUCCACAACAGAAUCCACGGGGUUAUUUACAGUGAAGAGUAUCUUAUUGGCCCCUGUGCAGAAGUCUGAUGCCAGUGCUUUCUUUUACUGCGAUGUCUCAUACAGCCUGCCAAUGGGGGACCAUAUGCUGGAGUCUGAGAGAAAAAAUAUCACAGUGCACUACCCUACUACCUCAAUAAAAGUAUAUUUCAAAGGCCAAUCUGACAUGAUAAAGGAGGGAGAUACCGUGGAACUAUCCUGCGAGGGUGAUGGAAAUCCACAACCCACAUAUACACUGCACAAGGAAGGUGAUGAUAGCUUUUUGUCAGAAGAUGAACCAUAUUCUUGGCAGGUUUCACGUGAAGAUACUGGGGUCUAUACUUGUAAAUCACUUGAUUUGGAAACUGGUUUGGAAUGGAAAGAACAGACUAGUCUCCAUGUCCACUUCCUGGAUACUCCUGUGCUGUCUCAUGGGUCCCCUUUUACUGUUGAUCUUCAAAGUAAAUUGAUGGUUUCCUGUCAUGUGAAUGCAUCAACUUCAGCUGUGAUCCACUGGAAACAAGAUGGAAAAAACAUUGCAAAUGGGUCUGAGUUAAACCUGGAAUCUGUAGGUUAUAAUGCUACGGGAGUUUAUACUUGUGUGGCUGAGCUUCCUAGUGUACCGGAACUGCAAAAGAGCAAUUACAUAAAUAUCACUGUGCAAGGGAGUCCUCAGGUAUUUGUGAUUUCACAUGUUAUAGAAGUGCAAGAUGGUAAAACUGUGACUACACGUUGUAUGGCAGCUGGUCAUCCACUACCUAAGAUCACUUGGGACAUCAAUGGCACAGAGGUCAAUUCUUCUACUGUUAUUAACAACAGCAAAGAUUAUGAAGUAACAAGUGACCUCACCUUCCUGGUGAACAAAGGUUUCAUCAACCAAAGUCUCACAUGCAUGGCCAUCAAUAGGUUCAACAGCAGCAAAGCAUUGAUCCAGCUAUUGGAAAAACCUGUAAGCCAGAAAAGCUAUGGCAUAUUGAUUGUAAUCGUCAUCAUCUGUAUUCUGGCCUUGGCAGUUCUUGGAGCUGUGCUGUACUUUUUGUACAAGAAAGGACAUAUUCCAUGUGGUCGCUCUGGUAAAAAAGAAAUUACAAGUCCUGGAGCUAAAGAUAAAAUCAUUGUGGAAAUGAAGCCUGAUUCUCCUGCAGAAGAGUCUGUUUUACUUGCUGGAUCCCAAGAGAAGAAGCCAUCAGAUCAGGAAAAAUAUAUUGAUUUAAGAAACUAAACUAUCUCAUGGACAAGAAAUUCUAGAAUAUACCCGUGCCUUUAUUUAACUGUGGAUGUUGAAGAGACCACCAGAGGCCUGCCUGACGCUCAGACGUACAGUAACCAUAAACCUAAAUGGCACAAAAUAUGACUAUGAUGGACAUCUACUGUAUGCUUCAACUGGGUAUCAUGACCCCUUCAUAUUUGUGACUCUGUAUCAAUCUUCAUAGCCUUAAUUACUGGACCAUAAACCUUAAAAGAAGUGUAUUUAACUUUAAAGAAAAUCAACAAAAGCAUAACCCAUGCUGUACUUUCACUAGCAUGUGUUUUCUUUGAUUCAAACUAUAAACAUUAUUUGAAGUAUUUAUUAGAUAUUUUGACUGUAAAAAGGAAGAAU